AUGAUAAAUCAAGACUGUAGGUACUCUGCCAACAGGCCGGGAAUUGUGGUUACAACACAUGUAAGUUAAAUGCACGGUCUGGAUAUAAACUGGGUCGCAGUGUUACUAUCUACGACCAGAAGAGAUACUUUAUUCUGUUUCUGAAAACAAGAUGGAGAUUUUUGAAGAAGCCAACAGCAGUGAGAGCGUUUUAGAUUUGUCCCGUUUGAGUCUGAACGAUCUGAGUUUUGACACGAUUAACGUUAGCGAGAAACGACGCAAAGACACUAAACAACUGUAUCUGUGUUACAACCGGAUCACGGUCCUGCAGAACUCUAUAUGUUCAUUCUCCAACCUUGAGUUUCUGGACAUCAGCAACAACGCGCUGACUGUCGUCUGCGAGGAUAUCAUCCGAUUGACCAAUCUCAAAACCCUCAUAGCCAAGAAUAAUCGUUUAAAUGAGUUUUCUCUGCCUAAACACUUCGGCUCUCUGCAGCUGGAGGUGUUGAACUUUAGUGGAAACAGGUUUGAUGAUAUGCCGAGCCAGUGUCUGCAGCUUCUGCGACUUCAGUCUCUAUCACUGGGGGGAAACCGACUAAAGAGUAUCCCGGCGGAGAUUGAUAAUCUGACCAGUUUAGAGAUGUUGUAUUUGGGCGGUAACCAGAUAUCCUCCAUCCCUGCUGAGCUAGCCAACCUGCCCUGCCUCACUUACCUGGUUCUGUGUGAUAACCGCAUCCAGAGCGUUCCUCCCCAACUCCACAGGCUCCAUUCUCUACGCUCUCUUAGUCUGCACAAUAACCUGCUGACAUAUCUUCCAAGAGAGAUCCUCAGCCUGAUACAGCUGCAAGAGCUCAGUCUCCGUGGCAAUCCCUUGGUCGUGCGUUUCAUCAAGGAUAUGACCUACGACCCCCCAUCGCUAUUGGAACUGGCUGGCCGCACCGUCAAAAGCAAGAACCUUUUAUACUCGCAUCAAGACCUCCCAAACCAUUUGGUCAACUAUCUUGACAUGUCCUGCAAGUGCCCCAACCCCAAGUGUGCAGGGGUUUACUUCGACUCAUGCGUUCGUCAUAUCAAGUUUGUGGAUUUCUGCGGCAAGUAUCGCCUGCCCCUGAUGCACUAUCUGUGCUCUCCAGAAUGCUCCUCACCCUGCAGCUCCAACCCUCAGAGUGACGCUGACUCAGACGACGACAACAGUGUGCCUGCUGAUCGCCUUCAAAGAGUUCUGCUGGGAUAACCUCGCUCACCCCUCACUGAUCUCUUUCCCUCUCUCAGAGCUUUAUCAGCAAGGACAUUGAACUGCCAGCUGGCUCUACAACCUCUCAGCUGAAGCCAAAUCUUAUUGCCAAGUGAGUGAGCGAGUGGAAUAUAGCAGCCUUCUGGGAAAGACAUCUGCAGAUAGUUUCUCAGUAUUUUAGGGCCUUGCUAUGCAAAGGCAAAGUGAAAACACUGGUAGUUCAGUAUAGGUUUUUAUCAAGUAGUUAUAUUAACUAUAUUAAAGGUUCGUUGGUCAUCUGUUUAUCUCUUGCACAUUUGCAAUACAUAGAAGAAUCAGCUUAGUUGUAUUUUUUACAAAAGAGUUUUGGUUUUUAUGGUACUUAGUUUGAAGACAUAACUAAUUUUCUUCAUGUAGCGCACAAAUAUUUACUGUGAAUCGAGGGGGAAAAUAAAUAUGGAAAGGACUAUUGCUUUUUGGGUCUGUAAGAAGUAAUGAGUGAAAUUGUUAUAUAAGUGCCACAGACAAAAAUAGUGAGCCUUACCAAAACCUUGUCUGCCACUGGUCGGACAAACAAAUAGCCCCAAAAUUACUCUCCAGCCCAAAUGUUUUAUGUGGUACUACUCAAAACAAGCCGCUUAAUGUUUGUUAGCGACACAGACACGAUUUGCACUUUUAGGCGGGACCAAUCUGCAAGAUGGCAUAAGAAUAUUUAGACAUUUCACUUUAGAUAAAAUGGUUGCCUUCUGUAUGUCUGUAUUUUGUCUCUGUCUGUGUACAGGUCUGAGACCUUACAGUCAAACAGUGCUACACAUCUUCAUAUAAAUGUAAUCUUUAUGUCAAAUAUGCUAACACUCAGGUUAUUGUCUGCUUGUGCAGUCAAAAACUAGGACAACAAAAUUCAGAGAUAAAGAGUGACAAAGGUCACCAGUCACAGACUUGUGUCUAAACUGUAGAAGUUUGUUUUGAAAGCUAAUUCUUUGUUUAGAUUUUAUUGCAUCAACUAAAAAUGUGUGAUAUUGUUACAGGGCAAAACAGCAAAACAAAGUUUAAAGUGUUCAUAGUGUUUUUAGUUUUACUGCCGUCUGAGAAUGGAAAUUUACAAAACAUGUAAGUGAUGUUUAAACCUUUUGUUCUUCAGACCCUUUCUGUAUUAUUCACUUACUACAUUGAUAUUUACUAUGCAUAUAAACAGUUGUUUUUAAAAUAAUAUUCAAGGCUUUUUAAAUAAUCUUGAUCAUAACAGCUAUAUAUCAGUGACAAGAUAGAAUGUAUUUUUAUUUAAAUUGUAGUAUUCAUUCUAAUGAUUUAUGUACAUGUAGAGUACAAUAUUAAAAAAAUAUUUCUGUGUGGGUCACAACGCAUUGCCUUUUUACAGUAUUUUUAGAAUACUGUUAUGUUCCAAAUGACCCACUGGAGUCAUUUGGAUUACUGUAAUAAUGAUGUAUGAAGUUUUUGUGUUCAACAUCUUGAGUAUUUUCAGAACAUGUUAAAACAGGCAUUUUACCUUGUUUUUUAUGUGACAGACACCUUAAUCCUAAAAAAUUUACAGCUCAUUACAUUUUGUCAAUCCAUGCAUUAGCAAUCAAAUCCUUGACCCUUGUGUUGCAAAUACAGGAACACUUCAGUGCACUUGCAGUGUCAUUGGAAUUUAAAUUUGCUUUAGUUGGCAACAUUGAUUCCCCUUAGAAAUCCUGUAGGUAGACAGUUGAGAUGGUACGGGAAGAGUCUUAAUUUGGCUGCUAGCAUAGAGGAUUGUGUUUCCUGCAUUUACAUAUGAAAGCCAUUUCAUCAUUGGUACUGAAUACAGAAACACUUUCUUUUCACAAUCCAAAUUAAAAGUUUUACGCUAUACAAAGCAUCUUUCUUUUGAGGUAAAAAGGCCUAGAAACGCAAAUCCUUUACGGAGUGUCCAUUUACACUGAGUAUACAAAUAGCCUGCCUUUCUAGCAGAGACUAUUUGCAUUAGCUCCACCCACCAAUAUGUGAUUGGGAUAGAGAAAGUUUAAGAACGAUUCCAUUUCAAACAGUGACUCCAGUGGCAGAAGGUGUAAAGUCUGUAUAGCUUGGCAUGAGAGACCUGGUUCUAAUCUAUGAAGGUAUUUCAGUAGCAAAACUUAAAAGCAUGUAGAUUUUAAUUUGUGAACUUGUAAAGUAAGUAUUUUGUACCUGUAAACUAAAAUGUACA